AAUGAUGGACGGACGCUUGUUUGUAAUAUGUGUGUGUUUUAUUUUAAAUGUGUCAAACGUUGCUACCAAACAAACCACAAAAUCAAACAGACGCGGAGCUGAUGACUGCAAGCCAACCGUGGUUGCUCAUCGAGGAGCUAGCGGCUAUGUGUCCGAACACACCCUCGGCUCUUACGCUUUAGCCAUAGAUAUGGGAGCAGAUUACGUUGAGCCAGACCUAGUUGUAACACGUGAUGGACAUAUAAUCGCAAGGCAUGAAAACCAACUAGGAGUCUCGACUGAUGUAGCUCAACGUCCAGAAUUUGCGUCACGACGACGAACACAAAGAGUUAGCGGAAAUCUUGUGAAUGGAUGGUUUUCAGAAGACUUUACACUUGCUGAAAUAAAAUCUCUGAGAAGCACAGAACCUAUACCACUUAUACGAAAGCAUAACGCUCGAAUGGAUGGAUCCCUAGAUAUACCAACUUUUCAAGAAAUUAUUGAUUUGGUCAAAGCUCUGGAAACAGUUAAGAAUCGCACUAUCGGUAUCUACCCCGAAUUGAAAUAUAGUAGUCAUUUUCAACGCCUGGGAUUGCCGAUGGAAAGGAAAGUGGUUGACAUUUUUCAUAAAAACGGUUACAUCGGAAAGGGAGCACCAGCAUUCAUUCAAUCUUUUGAAGUAGAUAAUUUGAAGAUGUUGAAAAAAAUUACUGAUCUAAGAUUAGUUCAAUUAUUUGACGAAAGAUCUAAAAUACCAUACGAUCAGUCGUUACUAGGUAAUAAUAUAACUUAUGGACAAAUGGCAACUCCGAAUGGGCUUGCAAAUGUAGCCAAGUAUGCAUCUGCUGUAGGACCUUCCAAAAGUUACAUCAUUCCUCGGGAUCUCUUUAACAAUUUGGGGCAACCAACAAGUUUCGUUCGUGAUGCGCACGCAGUAGGUUUGCUAGUGACACCGUGGACAUUCCGAGCUGAGAAUUUGUAUUUGCCCAGAAGAUUUCAGAGAGGUAAUAACCCUAAUGAUUUUGGAAAUCUGGAAGGCGAAAUUAGGGCUUUCAUCAACGCCGGUAUUGACGGUUUUUUUAUCGAUCACCCUGAAGUAUUAGUUCGCGUUAGAGGACCCUGUUGAGUUCCUGUGCACAUUGCCAAGUGUUAACUUACAUGUACGAAAGAAAGUAAUUAUGUACAAUAAACUGUUUUGUGUAUCGAAUUAUUAUUAUCUACCUACUACUGGACACCCUCACCUUUGUGUGGGUGGAUUUUCAUCCACGUUUAUCCAGAAAUAUUUAGUAAAUAUUCCGUUAUUGUUUUUUUUAUUGUAACCUAUUAUUUAUAAACUUACCUGACUACA